GGGUACAGGUAUGCAAACAUCUCCAACACAGAUUCCGGCGCAUCUGCUUCCAGAGAAUUGGGAAGUAGGUUAAAGCAAUUGUUAGAAGCAAGUUUAAGUUCGUCUUCGGUGCGUACAUACCAGCGCCCGUGGCAGCUCUUAUACCAAUUUCAGCAAGAUAGGCUGGGAUAUCUAGGCCCAGUUUUUCCUCUCUCGAUAAACACUUUAGCACUCUUCAGUGCCUUUCUAGCGGAACAGAAAUAUGCAGCCUCUACUGUCUUGACUUACAUCUCGGCCUUGAGCUAUCCGCAUCGCUUAGCCUCCCUAUCAGAUCCAACAAAGGCAGACAUGAUACAAAUAGCGCUUAGGAGGUACAGUAAGCUCAACCCAUCAUUCGAUGUGCGUUUACCAAUUUCACUGCCAAUACUGGAGAACAUUAUAGCGGCUAGUGAUCACACGCAGUCUGCAUUAUAUUACAGAAAGAUGACUCAAGCAAUGUAUGCCUUUGCCUUUUUUGCAGCAUUGAGGGUUGGGGAAUUGACAUACCGCGCUCAUCAGUCCCAGGGCAAUUUAAUCCUUUUGAAUCAAAUUACAUUCAUGGAAACUAGGGAGGGAUCAAUUAGUGCUAUUAAGUUAACCCUGAGAAAUUACAAGCACAGCGAUACUUCAAAGCCCGUAGAUCUUUUUCUUUACAGAGAGCAGCCUGUCUGUCCUGUAUCAUUGCUGCUAGCAUAUUUGAAUCUUCGGGGCAAUUUCCCAGGCCCACUUUUUUGCUGGCCUGACGCUUCCCCUAUUUCUCGUUCGUUUUUCACAUCUGCACUAACUGCAGCUCUUAAUUUCUGCAAUCUGGAUGUCUCCAAAUAUAAGUCUCAUAGUUUCAGAAUCGGAGCAGCCUCAUGGGCAGCAGCAAAGGGCUUCUCGGAUGCCCAGAUCAGAAGUUUUGGCCGGUGGAAUUCUAACGCUUUCUUACGAUAUAUCAGAAUACCUUCGCUGUCCACAUGA